UACAUCUAUUCCCUCACCUGGGUCAGGUGUGCACCCGUUGGGCGGGUCCCGUCGGGGAGGCGAGGCCGACCAAGGAGAACGCCUUCCUCUUCCUGGGUUGGUGUGAGGAGCUUGGGCACCGAGAGGAGCGGCGGGCAUCAUGAAUAACCCUAUACCUUCUAAUCUGAAAUCAGAAGCAAAGAAAGCUGCCAAAAUAUUAAGAGAAUUUACAGAAAUAACUUCCAGAAAUGGACCUGAUAAAAUCAUUCCUGCCCAUGUGAUUGCAAAAGCAAAAGGACUUGCAGUUUUGUCUGUGAUUAAAGCUGGAUUUCUGGUGACAGCCAGGGGAGGCAGUGGGAUUGUCCUGGCACGUCUUCCAGAUGGAAAAUGGUCUGCACCUUCAGCCAUUGGGAUAGCUGGGCUUGGUGGAGGAUUUGAAAUAGGAAUAGAGGUAUCAGAUUUGGUGAUAAUUCUGAAUUAUGACAAAGCAGUAGAAGCCUUUGCAAAGGGUGGAAACCUGACACUUGGAGGGAAUUUUACUGUUGCAGUUGGACCCUUAGGCAGGAACCUGGAAGGAAAUGUAUCCCUGAGGAGCUCUGCAGCUGUCUUCACUUACUGCAAAUCCCGAGGCCUCUUUGCUGGCAUUUCCCUAGAAGGAAGCUGUUUAAUUGAAAGGAAAGAAACUAACCGGAAAUUUUACUGUCAGGACAUUCGUGCUUAUGACAUUUUAUUUGGAGAUGUUCCACAGCCUGCUCAAGCAGAAGAUCUUUAUGAAAUUCUCAAUUCCUUUACUGAAAAGUAUCAAAAUGAAGGACAACGCAAUAAUUUGAGAAGAAUAGCACGGGAGCAGAGGAAGGCUAAAGAAUUACCUCCAAAACCAUCAUCAAGACCACAGCAAUCUCCAGCACCUGUCCAACAGAAUGCUGGCUUCCACAGUAAUGGAAAUGAAUAUAAGCUAUAUCCUGAACUUUCUAGCUACCAUGAGAAAACUGGCAGUUUGAAUCAGCCAAUAGAAGUGACAGCACUGUACUCUUUUGAAGGACAACAACCAGGGGAUUUGAAUUUUCAAGUCGGAGACAGAAUCACAGUUAUAUCAAAGACUGACUCACAUUUUGAUUGGUGGGAAGGAAAACUUCGAGGUCAAACUGGAAUUUUUCCAGCCAACUAUGUAACUAUGAAUUAAAGUUCAUGCUAGUUUGUUAUUUAAUAAUUUCUCAAAAAUAUCUCUACACAGACAGGAUUAAUUUAUUUACACAACGCUGUUUGAACACAUUGUUGCUCUGUAAAUGUUUUAUCCAGUUGUAAAAGAUUUUUCUCUGCAUAUGAAUAAAUGGUUAAAUU